AGAGUCAACUUGUCCUCAGGAGGAGUUGAGUCGUAAAUAAAGGAAGGGAGAGGUCAUUUCGGAAAUCUUAACUAGUUAUGUGAAGAGCAAUGAGGUGACAACUCCCUUAAGGUAUUUUCCUCCCGGCUGGAUGAAAGGCACACUUCACUCAUGAACGGAGCUGUUUGAAUACUUCAGUGCUGCGCCACCAAACUGAGUUUUAUUAUUGCUCUUCAACUUGGUCGUGAAGGAGGGAACCCUGGGUCCACUCCGUGUCAGUGCAGCAGAGCAGAUGGACCAGGUAUCCAACCGGUCAGGUGUGGGCAGUGAUGACAUUACGGAUGAGUCAGCAUCUUUGGCGGAUGUCAUGUGGAACUCUGAUAAUGAGGAGAGCUGUGAUCCUCAGGGACCGUCUCUUGCCGCACCUCAAGGCCCUUUGCCUACCUACAAACAAAAGUGUGACGAGUUUAAGAAGUUGUUCAAAGAACUGCCGGAGUCAGAGAGACUCAUAGUGGACUACCCAUGUGCCCUCCAGCGAGACAUCCUCCUUCAGGGACGCCUCUACCUCUCCGAGAACUGGCUCUGUUUCUACAGCAAUGUAUUUUGGGGUACGAAGAUUACGCUGACUCUUAAAGAUAUCACGACUAUGACCAGAGAAAAAACGGCUCGGUUGAUUCCCAACGCCAUCCAGAUCUGCACGAGCGCAGAGAAGUUGUUCUUCACUUCCUUCUCAGCGAGAGAGAAGAGCUAUCAGAGUGUUUUCCGCAUGUGGCAAAACACACUCUUGGACAAGCCUCUGAGCAGCUUGGAGUUGUGGCAGAUGGUUAAACAGCAUUAUGGGAAUGAACUGGGCCUGAGCCAUGAAGAGAUGGAGAGUUUACAGGUAGCAGCAGAAACAAGCAUGCAGACCAGUCUGACCGUGAAGCCUGGUGGUGAUGAUGGCCUGGGCCGGCUAGAGCGGUCCCCUUCCCUUCGCCUCCCUGGCAUGGAGCAGGCACCCCUAGAGGCCUCCACGCCUCAAAGGGAGGAUUUGCCCUCCCCUCUCGGCUCACAGAACUCCACCAACGCGGAUGACUCCCGCAACACCCUGUCUCAACGGCGCAGUCCUGCUCCCUCGCUGGACCGCCUCGCUCCAGAACGGGUGUCGAAGCGCUCCUUGCUUUCUCUCGACCUCAAUGCUAACGAGAACGGCGUGUCUGAGGAGAGCGGUUCGGAGAGCACUGAGGAUGUGGAAGACCGAGUGAGUCUGUCCCAGGUACAGGGCCGCCUUUAUCUAAACAAAGUCUUCCACAUCAGCGCCAACAAAAUGUUCGAGUUGCUCUUCACCGAGUCCGACUUCACCCGCAGGUUCAUGAACGUCAGAAAGAUAACAAACGCCAGCUUUACCGCUUGGCAAAAAGACGACUCAGGAAACACGAAGAGGAGUCUGAACUACACAAUAACCAUCAGCAACCCUUUGAUUGGCAAAUUCUCCACCGCUACAGAGAACCAGACGUUGUACAAAGAAUCCAGGGAUGGUCAGUAUUACCUGGUGGACUCUGAGGUGUACACUCACGACGUUCCUUAUCACGAUUACUUUUACACUCAAAAUCGAUACUACAUCAUAAGUAUCUCGAAGCGGAAGUGUCGACUAAGGGUCUAUACUGAAGUGAAGUACAGGAAGCAGCCAUGGGGUCUGGUCAAAUCCUUUAUCACCAAAAACUCCUGGAGCGGCAUUGAAGAUUAUUUCAGACAGCUGGAAGCGGAACUGCUGGAGGAGGAAGCAGAGAUGAAUCAAGGAGGGGGAGACUCGGGGAAGAUUAGUGGGCUGCGGAGGAGGAGGCGGACUUACAGCCGUACGCUGCCAGAGCACAUGAAGCCCAACAAGCAGUACGGACAAGACCCUGAACAGCACAGAGACGGCAACAUUGGCCCCACAGAGAUUAACGGCCCGUACAGAUGGAACAUGACUGCAGUCGUGGCUGGGAUGAGUUUGAUUUUGCUGAUUCUGACAAUGAUGAAUCUGGGCCUGUUUUUCAAGUUGUGGGCCAUGGAGGACGUCGCCCACCGCAUGUAUCUGAGCACAAAGCAUCGUCUGAGGGAGAGGAGUGAGGCCAGCGUGAUGCCUGAAUAUGGUCCCAGGCAGGGACCAGGCUUUAGGACCAGAGAGGAGGCGCAACUGCUAAAAACUGUACUGCAGGACUCCAUCAGUCUUUUAGAACAGCUCCGCAGCUCUCUGAUGAUGCUGCAGCAGAACUUUGCUUUGGCCAAUCAAACGGCAGCGCCGCAGUGACGCUCCCACACCUGGCGACAAUGUGCCUCUUCCCUUGUGAAAAAAACAAACUAACUGCAGUAGUGAGCUGCCUCUGAGGAAACCUCUGGUAUCCAGUGACGUUGCCAUGUAGAUGUCCCCAGACUCCUGUCAUGCCACGUGUUGCUAGGGGUUACACGUCCCAAAGCUUUUGUUGGAGAAUCAGGUGCCCGGAUGUUUUUAAAGCUGCGGACUGACUGCUGGGAGGACAAAGUUACAUCAGUCAGCUGCACACGGAGCAGUGGGUUUAGAUUUCUGUCGGGUGCUGCUGUCAGCUCACUUGGCUGGCUUCUUUUUCAGUCUUUUCUUCAAUGGCGGCAUCGGAUUUCAGAAAAGUUUCCAUGUGUGCCUUCCUAUAUUCUGAUGAGCCUCAUGUCUCUUCAAAUGAACUAUUGUAGAUACUUAUAUUUUUGUUUUAUUCAGGGGAAAUGAAUCAAUAUUAUUUAAAACAACAGUUUUCCCUAUUAACAUUUUUGCACAUAUUUUAAUUUUUUGCACAAGCGCCUUAUAGAUUCGGUUGUGUUUUAGAUAUCUUUUUUGGGAUUUUUAUUUUUUUGAAAUUAAAAUUGUAGAGUCAAUAACUCAAAUUUAAAAGUUUGUCCUUUUUUUGUAAUCAUGAUAAAUCUUUUAUGUGUAAACUGCAGGAAUGGCUGCAAUGUUGCACAUUAAAGUGCAAACAUCAGAUGAACAUUCUUUGAGUUUUAUAAUAAUGUAUAUGAGCCAAAUCUUGUGUAAAGAAAAGUCUUCUUAUGGUAUACCUUUUUUCUCUUCAAACCAUAUUUUUAAUACAUGUUUGAUUCAUUAACUUCUAGCUCAUUACUGGGCUGAUUGAAAGAGGUACUGUGAAAAUUAAGCUGCCCAAAGAGGUGACAAGCCUGAUUUACAGUAUCUACUGUAAUCGCACUUGAUUGUAUUUUUCUCUUUCUUCCUUUUCUGCACUGAGCCAAGUUUAAAAAAAUGUAUGAUUCACUCUAAUUUUAGUACUUAUUUACUCUGAUGCUAUUUCAUUAAAGGUGUAGGGUCAAUGAGAAUAUGUCAGGAUAUCUCAGUACUGUGCACUUACACUGUCAACACUUCAUAGACGCAAGUUUGUGCUGUGAUUUCCAACUUGACAUGAACACAAUAGUUGUUUUUCUUGUUUGUUUUUUUUAAUCAGUUGUUGGUGACACACCAUUACGAUUACAUUGAGCCUUGUUUGAUGUUUACAGUGUUGCCUUCACUGAUGUCUGUGUGGAUAAUUUUGUUCAGCUCUUUUUCUCACUUAACAAAAUCACUACAGCAAACAACCACUUGUGUAAAAUUAUUGCUGUUUUGUACAUUUUGUCAUAUAGCGAUGCACUGUUUUAAUAAACAAUAUUUCUUGCCUGA